GUUUAUCAAAAUGGAAAUGGAGCUGAUCCAGUUAAUUGUGAUAAUGGUGGAGGAGAAGGAACAGUCGAUGGAGAUGGAACUGGUAUCAAAGAGGAGACUGGUGGAGGAGGAGGUGGUGGUAGUGGAGGUGGAGGAUUUGCUGGAUUUAGUAACAGAGGAUCGAGGAAUAACGCACAGCUUGAACCUGAACAAUUUCGGAAGAUUUUCAUUGGAGGACUCUCAUUGAACACAACAGAUGAAAAUCUUCAUAACUUUUAUUCACAAUGGGGUGAACUUGUUGAUUGUAUUGUAAUGCGUGAUCCUGCAAGUAAACGCUCGCGUGGAUUUGGAUUUGUCUCGUAUUCUUGUCAAAGCGAGGUUGAUCUGGCCAUGGCUGCACGUCCGCAUAAUAUUGAUGGUAAAGUGGUGGAUCCGAAACGAGCUGUUCCACGUGAUCAGUCACAAAAAUCUGAACAGAAUAUGUCAACAAAGCGUCUUUAUGUGUCUGGUGUUCGAGAAGAGCACACAGAAGAUAUUUUUAGCAAAUAUUUUGCACAAUUUGGAGUUGUCACAAAAGUUGAAAUCAUCACUGAUAAAGUUACUCAAAAAGCGCGUGGAUUUGCCUUUAUUUCUUUUGAUGAUUAUGAUUCUGUUGAUAAAUGUGUUCUCCUAAAAUCACAUAUGAUCUAUGGCUAUCGUUGUGAUGUAAAAAAGGCAUUGAGUCGAGAUGAAAUGCAGAGGGCUGCCCAAAAAGAACGUGAUCGUAUGGAGAGAGGAACUCGCACGAGAGAUCCUGUUGGUCGUGGUUCACAGCCUUAUGGCGGUGGAAGAAGUGGCGGCGGUUAUGGCGGAGGUGGCUAUGGUGGGCAAUAUGGUGGUGGUUAUGGGCCACCGCCUGCAUGGGGACCUCCAGCACCUGCACCGCAAUGGGGAGGAGGCGGUUAUGCUGGAAGUUACGGAGGAGGUGGGUAUGCUGCAAGUUAUGGACCAGGACCUGCGCCAUGGGGUGGUGGUGCACCUACAGGGCCUCAAGCUGCUGAGCAAGGACAGUGGGCUGCGGGUGGAGGUGGUGGUUAUGCUGCUAGUGGAGGUGUUGGUGGAGGAGCUCAAUCAGGCACUGGAGCCACCGCCACUCAACAAGAUUACACGUCGAAUCAAUGGCCACCUCAAGGACCGCAAGGUGUCCCACCUCCACAACAAUGGAGUGCAGGACGUUAUUAA